AUGAUAAAGUGUGGAUAUAAUCUUUUGAUUGCAACAAGGGGUCAUUGCUUUCAAGAGUUCACAUUGACUCAAUUGAGCCGGCAUUCAGCUUGCCGUAAACGUUCUAUUCAUUUAAAAAAUAAGCUAUUAGGAAAUGAAAAGAAUAAACCUCAAUUGCAUGCACAAACUUUAACUGAAGCUGAGAAGCGACUGGAGAGGCAUCCAGAGUUUCAGCACUUCGCGGAGACAUUUCAGGAUUCAAAGCAUCAGCAUGUACAUAUGCAACAAUCUGAAACCAUACAAAACGAUUCGUAUCAUUUAGGCUCGAUGAUUCACCGGGUCAGUGAUCAAAAGCGGCCACAUAACCAUUCGAAAGUUAAUCCACUAUUGACGCUGAGUAAAUCUGAGUUCAAAAAGAAUCCUGGGGUCAGAAUUACGUGGAUUGGGCUAUUGAUAAAUGUAGGAAUGGCAGCGGGUAAAUUUAUUGGUGGCGUAACUUUUCAUUCUCAGGCUUUAGUGGCAGAUGCAGUUCAUGCUCUGUCUGAUCUAGUUUCUGACUUUUUGACGUUGUUCUCAAUAGGCCUAUCUGCCAAAGACCCAACAAUAGAGUACCCGCGUGGCUAUGGCAAGAUCGAAACAUUAGGUUCUCUUUCUGUGUCCGCGAUCCUGACAUUGGCAGGCUUAUCGAUUGGUUGGAGUUCACUGUGUGCAAUCGCGGGCCCUAUUAUUCCACAAGCAAUAAUGGACAUAUUUGUAACUCAUUCUCAUUCUCAUUCUCAUGGCGCUCCCGAGGAUGUCACCAACAUCAAUGCCGCUUGGAUAGCAGCCGGGUCAAUAGCGGUCAAGGAAUGGAUUUUCAAUGCUACGAAAAAAGUUGCAACGCAAACAAAUUCGAAUGUGCUGUUGGCGAACGCUUGGCAUCACCGGGUAGAUUCAUUAACGUCUUUGGUCGCACUCGUAACAAUUUCGACAGGAUACUUUUUCGACAUUCAGUCUUUUGACGCCCUAGGUGGUUUACUGGUCUCAGGACUUAUUGUCAAAACUGGAAGUGAUGGUUUAGUGUCAGCAAUGAAAGAAUUGAUCGAUAAAGCAGUUCCGAAGAGUGACAACCGGUAUAUCAGCGUAGAAAAAAACUCUUUAGAGAUCAUAAGCAAGAUGGUUUCAAACAACAAUUCUGGAAAACCUUAUAAAUUACAAAACUUAGCCGUGAUGGGAUCGGGACCGAAUAUUCAUACAAAGAUGGUUUUGGAGGUUCCUUUACAAAGAUGGGAGAACCUUCUUACGAUAAAAGAAUUUGAAAAUGUCGCGGAUCACAUACGAAGUUCCUUGAGGGAAAACAUUCCAAAUUUACUUGACGUCGAAUUGGAAUUUGUCGAAGAGAAACCUCAAUUAGACGCGAAACAAUCACAAGAAGCUGAGAAACAGAGGCAAAUGGGAUUUCCUCCGUUGCCGCAUACCGAAGCUAGUAAAGAUACAGAAAUUACAACCACCCGGCAUUCUCAUUCGCAUUUUGGUGGACUCGGGGACCACCACACCCAUAAGCAUUGA